GGCUACCCUAUUGUUAUAGUUGUCGACAGAGGCUCUAAGUUCAAAGGCGAAGUCAAAGAGAUCCUCUAUAAACUACGGAUCAAGAGAGUUAUUAUCUCGCUAUAUAAUUCGUAUAUAAAUAGAGUAAAUGAGGCUAGCUAUAUCCCAAUUGCUACCUCGUUUACAAAGAUGACUAAUAGUAUAGGAAAGAGGUGGAGAGAGCUCCUUCUAUAUAUUUUAUAUAUAGAUUAUAUAACUGUUAAGGGCUCUUAUAGAAUAUCUCCCUUUUUUUUUACCUAUAACUAUAAGCCUAUUAGUCUAGUCGAGUUUAAUGUUCCUAUCUAA